UGAUGGGCGGAUCUGGUUCGUCCGAAUUGCUCCAAGUUCUUGUUGCUGCUGUCCUCACUGGCGUCGCGACGUCAAAGCUCAGCGAUGGGCACAAAUAUUUGAUUAUUAAUUUCUCACGCGCAGUUUUAGAAAUGAUGUUUAAAUUCGUGGAUAUUAUCAUCUGGACAGCUCCUAUUGGAGUGUGCUUCGCUAUUGCUGACGCAAUCGGGUCAAACGGUUUAUCAGCUUUGGGGAGUCUAGGCGCAUUGGUUGGCACGGUUUACGUAACUAUCUUCAUCUUCAUCGUCGUGGUGUUCGGCGCUGUCUGCUUCAUGUUUAAGAUCAACCCCAUUGAGUUCCUUGUAGCUAUGAAAGAACCACUUAUCAUUGCGUAUACUACUGCUACCUCUGAAGCCGCGUUGCCCAAGGUGUUUGAUGCAUUGGAGAAGUACGGAGUGGCGACACACAUUUCUGGUUUUGUCGUGCCGUUUGGAUACUCGUUUAAUCUGGAUGGUUCGACGCUCUAUCUCUCGCUCGCUGCUGUCUUCUGUGCUCAGGCUGCGGGUGUCCACAAGUCUGUUGGCGAGCAGAUUGUUAUGGUUUUGAUGCUCAUGAUCUCGUCGAAAGGUGUGGCUGGUGUUCGCUCGGCUUCGAUCAUUGUUCUUGCUUCGACUUUGGAUCAGUUUGACAUCCCGUCGUGGCCAGUGGCUCUUAUUCUGGGCGUGGAUUGGAUCAUGGACAUGCUUCGUACCCUAACGAAUGUCAUGGGGAACUGUCUGGCGUCGGUUGUUAUGGCCAAGAUGGAGAACGAGUUCCGCACGGAGGAAUGGGAGCGUGAGCGCAGGAUGCUGCAUGGUGAGGAUAAGGUUAGCGUUAUUGAAGGAAAAAUGAGCUACGUGUCGGCUGUGUCGGGCCUUGAAGAAGGACGUAACUGAGAAGCACAGAGUGAAAUGUAAGACAGUGUCAGUGCUUGUGCAGCGAUAAUCGAAAUGUUCACACACCCUU